AUGUUAGGAGUUGGACCAAUGACAUACCAAGCACCACCAAAACCAAAGAAGCCGAAGUCUCACGCAAGAGGUGCGACAAUACCGGGAGCUUCAACACAGAAUUCUAUACCUACCCCGUCGACACCCGGCUCAUCAUCAAGUGUAUUUAGUGGAUAUGCCAAUGCACAAGUUCACCAAUCUUCUCAGACUCCCCCACAACCAUCAACCCCAUCACUGCAAACAACAGGCUCAUUCGACAGUAGUAACUUUCACACUGGUGUCAGCGAUACUUCCACCAGUACAAAGAAAUCUGGUGGUUUCUUUCGACUUUUUAAGAAAGACUCAAGAUCUGAUGGUACAAGAAGUAUUGAAGAUCUUCCCAGUCGAGGAAAGGCCUUGUACAGUCGCAGUGAAGAUCAUUCUUCACCAGCGGUAGACCCCGAUCCAAUCGAUGAAAUGGGUGUCUUGCCAACACCAGAUUUCAUUCGUCCUCUACCAGGCCAAAGACUCAUUCCUCGAAGAGAGCCAAACGCACUUUACAAAGUGACAUCGAGCCCACUUGCAAAUACACAAAUUGGAAGAGCCAGGGCCAGGGCUGCGGCCAGAUUGACUGAGUCUAUUUCUGAGGUAUCAGAGUCUGAUUGGCAAACUACUAAUGCUGGUGAUGAGGAAGAUUCAGCAAUAGCUGAUUCAUCAUCGUUCUAUGAUGAAACUUCUCGUGAAUUCAAUGUGACGAACAACCUUGAAGAGCAAUAUGAAUAUGUUGCCAUAGCAUCAGCACCAACUGGUGAUGAUGCUGCUAUUGCUGAAUGGAUCAACUACAUCAAGUCAUACUCUAGCGGUUCUUUCAAUAUCUCAAAGCCCCCAGCUCCACCCCCACGUAACGCGAGGUUUGGUUUUCUGCCAGCCACAUAUCCACAUGACGAAGAAAUGAGAAUUGCAAAGCAUUAUACCAUAAAUGUGCCCUGGACUCCGGAAUUGGGUGGAAAGACUAUUGCUUUGAUGGAAGCAGCAGCCAAACGAUUUCGCCUCAAUAGUGCUUCUGUCAGUAUUUUUGAUGAACGUCAUGAGAUAUUGAAAGUUGAAGUUGGGUACAAUCUCAUGACGCUGGAGCGCACCACAAGCAUUUCAGCCCAUGCUCUCUAUUCAGAGGACGUCUUUGUCAUCUUAGACACACAUCAGGAUUGGCGUUUUGCGAGAAGUCCAUGGGUUACUGGUCCACCUCACAUCCGAUUUUUUGCCGGAGCACCUCUGAUCUCAGAUUCUGGUGAAAUCAUUGGGGUCUUUUCAAUUUUCAGCAAAACCCCUAGAAAGGAGUUCGCUCGAGGAGACCGAAAAGAGCUAGCUGAAUUUGCAGCUCUUUCUGUCAAAGAUAUCUGUUUACACAGCGAACGUAUGGCUGACCCAGAUUUGCGUCGUUCUCCUCUUGUAUCAUCAAGAAGGGAUACAAAAAUUAAUUUGCUUCCAAAUCCACUUCAAUUUCAGAGGCAAAUGUCUCCCCUAGUCACUCAGCCUGCUUACUUUCCCAUGGGACUUCAAUUUCAACAACCAAAUCCUUUGGCGAAGCAAACAGAUUCCCUAAGAGAGAGAGAGGAUGUUUCUGGCAACGUAUCUCCUGAAUCCUCGAUUCGUGAUUCUGAAAUACUUUAUAUGGCCGCUCCAGGACAUUACCGAAGCGUUUCUGUGGAGUCCGCAUUUCCUACCCAGAAUUCGCCAGAGGCUUUCCGCCAGUAUCUGACCCCUACCCGACCUCAAAAUUUCCCAGGUUCGGAGGACCCUGAUAGCCGUCCUUAUUCGACAAGCGACCUGACAUCAAUGGAUUUGCCGCGAAACAACACUCCAAAUGACACUUUAAAUGACACUUUCGAUUCUGAAGGCGGUUACAGUCACCAAUUUGACCUUGAUGGACCAGCAACUCCCAAGCAACCGAAGUUUGUAUUCCCAAAUACAAUCUAUAGUAAUCUUGGUCCAUCAACCAGCGGAAUCUCCUUGAAUAAUAGCUUUGGUCGUUUGUAUAUGGAGGGUGACAGCAUGGUAGGAAGUACUUAUCAAGAGGAGCUAUCAGAGCCAGAGCCUGUAACGCCAAGCACCUUGCUCUCCAGACCGUUUUCAUCAAUGAGUUCAACUUCAGUUGGAACCACUCUUUCCAGCAGGAUUGGUGGACCUAAUCAAGGCGAUGAGGUUACUCCUCCCAACGCUCCUUGGUCAAAUAUGGCAGAAGCAGCUUUCUCAUGCUCCUUCAGUGGUAGACAAUUUGGUUUUGAUCAAGUAUAUGCUGUUCGAGUUGAUUGUCCGUACCCUGGUAUGUCGGAUAGAGAUCUUUUGGGACUGAAUGGUCUCAAGUUGAAAAUCUUGGCAUCUUAUGGUCUACCUUACGGCUACGAGUCUGAGCUUAACAACAAUUUGUCUUUGAAGACGGCUUUCUUGAAAGGCUUGCGCACCAAUGAGUUACGCUAUACCUGGACUCAAGACGAGGCACCACAAACUCAAGAAGAGGGAGCUCAGUUGAAGUUCGGUAUUUUAAUGCCACUUUGCCCCGUCCACCAGACCAGAUCUCGUGAUCAUGGUAUUGUUUACGCCAUGUUUAGGAAGGCGAAUGCGUCAUCUCAUAACCAUCUUCAGCCAACCGAGGUGGAUACACAUGGAUUAGACCGUGCAGCUACUUCAAUGACAGUUCUUCUCUUUAAUCUUGAUAUUACAGAUGUUGAAACUCAAUUGCUUGCAAAGCAGAAGGCGCCAAGACAAGGUACUCCAACAAUCAUUGGUGCUACUGAAGUUGGCCAGAUCUACUAUAGUAGACGCUCAACUUCAAAUUACAGCAAACAUUCCUCUUUUUGA